AAAUAGAUGUAAAUCUUCUCCUUAACCACCAACACAAAUCCUUCAAUUGUCUCUUCUACUACUCCAUUCUCUCUUUCUCCACCACAAACAGAAGAGAGGCCUUAUGGGGGAAACAGAGGCAGAGCCAAUUAUACCCAAACUUGCUCUGUUUUCUCCUCAUAAACAAAGCUCAAGUAAUACUUCCCCUGUUCAUCACACCUUAGCUUCUGUUCCUUUUCAAUGGGAAAAAGAACCUGGAAAACCAAAUACAAUAAAUUUCCCAAUUAACAACAAGCCAAAAUCCUUAGAGCCACCACCAAGACUUUACUCUAUAAACACACCAUCACCCACCACUGUUCUUGAUGGACCUUAUAAUAAUAAUAACAAGAUUUCAUCUUCAUCCUUUAGGUUCUUGAAAAACAUCAUCAAAACCCAAGAAACAGAGCAAUUUGUGAAGAAGGGAAAUUGGUGGCAGUGGAAUGUUAAACGUAAAAGUGGUAGUAAUAGUUCUUCUCUGUUAUUAUCUUCCAUGGAUUCUACAGGAAAAUGUGAUGAAGGAAGAAGUUGCAGUGCAAGAAUGGGAAGUUUUAGAAGAAAUGGAAGUUCAUCUAAUCUCUAUGCUACUACUAAGUCUAACAUGAUAUGGGCAAAUAUAUAUGAGGGUUUCAAGAAGGCCAUACCAUGGAAGAUCAGCAAAACAAAGAAUUGCUCAUCGUAUAACUUUCAACACCAGCAGUCAAUUUAAUCUUAAUGGAAAUUGUUUGCUGUGGUUUGUCUAAUACUACUGGAAAGUAGAAGUGCUUGUUAAGAAAGGUUAUUAAUUAGCAAUUAUGUUUGGGCAUGAAUUUAAUUUGGAGAAGGAAUAGAAGUUAUGUAUUCCUUGUUGAAGUUGAAACGAUGGAUCAAAUUGAAGUUAAAUGCUUCUUCUUAUAAUGAAGUCAAGUUAUGACAUCGUAGAUUAGGGCAUCUUCUUGUUUCAAAGAUGCGAGUGUUAGUUCCUAGUUUAUUCGAAUCAGGUGUGUCUGAGUUGCAGUUUUAUGUAUAAGAGGACUAAGCAUAUUCUAAAGUAAUAUUCCUAUAGUGAGAGUCAUUAUAGUGUAUUGUUUGAGUUAGUUCACUCUGAUGUACUGGGGGCUUGCCCCUGCUUUUUCUUUAUCGAAUUAUAAUAAUUUUGUGACUUUUGCAUUC